AAAUGAUACCGUGGGAAAGCUUGUCGGUUCAUACGGAUGAACUUCUGUCUCACCUGACACACGCUGAGGAUAGGCUCUGUAAAGUUAUCGGAAAAUGAAGAGAAAUCACGACUUUAGCUCCUCAGACAGUGAGCUUGAUGAGAAUAUCGAAGUGGAGAAGGAGAGUGCUGACGAAAAUGCUGUGAAUUCUCCCCUCGGAUCAGUGUCUCCAUCCACAACCUCUCAAGUGCAAGCGAGAAAACGUCGCAGAGGGAUCAUCGAGAAGCGCCGCAGGGACCGGAUAAACAACAGUCUGUCGGAGCUGCGCAGGCUGGUGCCCAGCGCGUUCGAGAAACAGGGCUCUGCUAAACUAGAAAAAGCUGAAAUUUUACAGAUGACCGUAGACCAUUUAAAGAUGCUUCAUGCAGCUGGAGGAAAAGGUUACUUUGAUGCUCAUGCUCUGGCCAUGGAUUACCGUGGGUUGGGUUUCCGCGAAUGUCUGGCGGAGACGGCGCGUUACCUCAGUAUCAUCGAGGGCCUGGACAACACCGACCCCCUCCGCAUCCGCCUGGUUUCGCAUCUGAACAGUUACGCUUCCCAGAGAGAAGCUCAUUCGAGUUUGGGCCACUUGGCGUGGGGCUCUGCAUUCGGGACGCCACCCGGACACCUGGCUCACCACCUCCUCCUGCAGCAGCCGCGCAGCACCAGCAGCCCUCCAUCCUCCAGUUCUUCAUCGCCCUCCUCCUCAUCUCCAUCCGCCCCCUCCACAGAACCACACGCCCCCAGCAGGCUGACUGGCACGGUGAUUUCUGAAGCAGGGCGGACAGGAUCGCUGCGGGUGCCGCCCACCCUGCCCCCUGGGCUCACACCGCCUACUACAUCCAAGCUUUCUCCACCCCUCCUGACCUCACUUUCCAGCCUGUCGGCUUUUCCCAUCCCGCUGAGCACAUUUCCUCUGCUGUCUCAGAGCUCGCUGGGCCCCGCAGCUCCCUCCAGCAGCUUGGGGAAGCCCUACAGGCCUUGGAGCAUGGAAAUAGGGGCCUUCUGAACUCAAAAACAGACAGUCAGUUAGAAAUGACUCAUUUUCUGUAUCAUCUGACUAUUUUGAAGAGUUGGACAGAACUGCAGACUUGUACAAAGGGAAAAAGCGAAUACAGGUCCAGUGUACUUAUUCUAAUUACCCUGUCCUGUCUCGGUUUGAGCAGAGAUGAGUUCUGGAGAUGGUUGGGUUCUCGUACAUAAGUUUUGAGAAAAUCUAGUUCUUUUGUCCCUCAGUGGAGCAAGGUAUGCUGAGAGAGAGAGAGAGAGAGAGAGAGAGGUAAUUUGGAGCAAAAGCAGAUGAGAUGCAUUACUAAACGGGUGUUAAUGGAGUUAAACUCAAACCAGAUGUCCAUUUAAAGGGACAGUUCACCCAAAAUGAAAAUUUUGUCAUCGUUUACUGACCCUCAUGUUGUCUUUCUUCUAUGGAAGAUUGUAUUUUUAUCCAUAUUAGGGAAGCCAGUGGGACCCAAAACCAUUUGGUUACCAACAAUCUUCAAAAGAAAGUCAUUUAGGAAUGAGAUUAUGGUAAAGCAAAAUUUAUUUUUUGGUGAACUAUCCCUUUAUUUAUGUUAAAGAUAGUAAAGGAGUGCUUUUAUGACAUGAAACAUAUAUUUGCAUCCUAAAUUGUCUCCUUCAGAAUAAAAGGCAGGAUCUGUAACCGAAUAAAAUAUGACUUUUUUAUUUAUUUAUUUUUUUUAGGAAAUGUUCAGAUUUCCUUGAAAUUGAAAUACUAUGCAAUGAAGAUGACAUUGAUUUAUGCAAUAUGAAACAUAUGCAACCGAAUCUGUAUGACAGCUGAACUUGAUAAGUUCUUUAUUUUUAUAAAGAGUUUAAGUCCCUUUGGUCAGUGACCUGUGGUGUGUUUUUUUUUAAAUGUUAUGAAUUUUGCAGGGACAGACCACUGUUAAACCUUUACAGAGACAAUCUAGACAGACAAUCUCUCAAAACUGCACUAAUUUAAUUGUAGCAAAGGCACUCUUGGGUUCAAGGUUGUUUACUCACAUGGAUAUGUUCCCCCUUCAUGCAACAAAAUAAUCAUCUCUCUCACUCUCUCUCAGAUACCUGAAGAGUGUUUUGGAAAACCAGAUGGUUUUGUGGUAAUAGCGAAUUUGCACUGGCAAAUCAGAUGAGACUAGGGGAAUAGAUAAUACUGGAAGAGAUGGUGUGGUACUGUGCCUGUCCCUCACUAACCUGUGUGACUUUCCUGUAAUAAAAUGAUAAAUGUAGCUAA